UAAGCCCCAAAGCAAGCGAGAUGUCCCUGUGGGGAGCAGUCCCUCUGCACCCCACAGCGAAGAGGACACAGGGGUCAGAGGUGGUCGCAGGGCAAGCAGAAGAGGCACCUGUGAAAGGUGCAGGGCUGGUGGCCUGGGACAGUUAGGAAAGGAGGUCAGCUGGUGACGAGAGAGCUCAGAGGCAUCCCUUGAGUGAGCACCGUGCCGGAAAGACUUCAGCCAUGCCUCACAACUCCGACAGCAGUGACUCCAGCUUCAGUCGCUCUUCUCCCCCUGGCAAGCAGGAUUCAUCUGAUGAUGUGAGGAAAGUUCAGAGAAGAGAGAAAAAUCGCAUUGCUGCCCAGAAAAGCCGACAGAGACAGACACAGAAAGCUGACACUCUGCACUUGGAGAGUGAAGACCUAGAGAAACAGAACGCAGCCCUGCGCAAGGAGAUCAAGCAGCUCACGGAGGAGCUGAAGUACUUCACGUCGGUGCUGAGCAGCCACGAGCCCCUGUGCUCCGUGCUGGCCACCAGCACCCCAUCGCCCCCCGAGGUGGUGUACAGUGCCCAUGCCUUCCACCAGCCCCACGUCGGCUCCCCGCGCUUCCAGCCCUGAGCUUCCAGGCAAGGAGAGCACAGAGCCCCCAUCCCCGCUGCUCCUGCAGCCUCUGGAGUGCACACAGACUGUGGCUGGACUGCCCUGUCUCCAUCUGGAGACCUGGCAGCAGAGACCGAGACAAGGAUUGAGUUCAAGGACAGUAGCAGCCAAAUGGGCCUAAGGCCCCCGGCAUCGUGGAGCCAACCAGGGUGUGCUGGACACCCCCGUGUGGGUGGAGUUGCAAACUGACACAUCACACACCACGGCCAGGUGACCCAGCACAAAGGGAGAAGACAAA